AUGAAAUUAGCUAAAGAAUUUGAUCCUAAUUGUGAACGACAAUUAAUUGCUGCUUCAAAAAUUGAUAAAUAUGAUAAAGGUAUAGCCCAAAAAUUAGUUGGCGAAGGACCAGGUUCAAUGAAACUUCAAUUGGGUUGUGUUGCUGUACUAAAUCGAAAUCAAGAUGAAAUCGAAAGGAAAGAACUACUUAUUGUCAUGAAUUGGCUUUGUAUUUUCUGGACGGGAAAUGAAAAGGUUGGAAUGGUAAAGGAGUGGGAUGUAAAAG